AUGUCGGUUGUUGUGCCUCGAAGUGCAUCUAACGAUUCACAACAGCAACCAGCAAAGGGCUCAAGCACAACUAAAUCACGAUCUGUUCUCUUUGUGGUGCUGCAGCUACUUAUUUGUGUAGCUUUGGUGGUAAAUCUAUGUGCAAUUUUUACUGAAGUUUCUUUUUUGACACCGGAAUUGACGACUGAGAAUCGAGUCCAACAUUUAUUAAAAGCAGCAGAAGAAGCGUCUCCAAUUUUCGCAACUGACAAUGAAACACUUUUAAGUAAUGCCAGUUACUAUCCCGAAGAAAUAUUUGAAGUGGACUGGAGUCGCGAAAUUAAAGAAAGCGAUCUUUUACAUGAAAAUGCACUUCAUCGAGCGUGUGUGACACAUAAACACAGUGUCAUUCCAUGGCUAUUUGGAUAUAAUGGACCUGACAAAGUUGAAGAGCUUAGCGUGAUUGUAAAUCGCAGUGAUCCCAUGCUGCUUGAGAAACUUCGAGAAUGCCCAGACGUCGAUCUUUUUCUACCUCACCACUUGCGCAGUUUUGGUUACUGUGAAGAUGCAGCUGCGUAUACAAAAUUUCUAGGGUCACGUAUGUUGCCUCGAUGGGUGCUAGAAGUUAAGUUUAACGAUGUCAAACAUAAUCGUUCCAUCACAUACCAUGACUUAUGUCCACACACGCCUAUGCUUUUUUUUAAUCACUAUUGGGAGGGAGUUCCAGAUGCAGAUGACUGGCCAGCUACCAAAGCAUUAUACCUUAUGCCUAAUAUUGAAAUGUAUGAGCUCAAUGAAAGCCAUUACUGGCGAGCAAAUCUUAUUUUGUGCAAGACUGCACUAUGUGCAAGAUAUUUGAGAAAGUGGCUCCGUCAGCAAGGAAAUCCUCGAAAUACGCGUGUUGUAUAUACGCGCCAUACGACGACAAAUUUAGUAUUGACAGUCAAGAACGAAAGCCAAAAUCACAAGGUGCUAACAAAAAAUUUCGCAAACGUGUCUUUCUUACACACGACAGGCAAGAGUAUCCAAAAAGGAACGCGACAAGUAUUGGAUUGCUGGCUUAAACAACCGGAUUUUCCACGGCUAGACUUUUACAUCGACCAAGAACUGUACAAUAGCUCGUUCUAUGACUACGAUCGGCGCAUUAACAAAAGCAGCAACGUUUUAUUGCACACGGGUCAAUUAUCUGCUACCGACUUUGGACAUGUGAUCUCUCAGGGCCGGUAUUUCUUGUGUCCAAGUAUAAUGGAAGGCUAUGGACACUACAUUAAUCAAGCGAGAUCGGCAAAUGCUCUUAUAAUCACGACAAACGCAGCACCGAUGAAUGAGCUGAUUACACCCUCGUCUGGUGCUCUCGUCAACGCAAAAAUCAUUUCAUAUGGAGAGCAAUUUAUGGGUGGAAUUUCGAAGCGAAGGUAUGCACUUCGAAACAUAUCGGGACUUGUAGCAAAUUUUGGAAGUCACGAUGUGUGCGACACUGUCAUAAAUGUUCUGCACGAUACAACUCCAAGUGAGCGCGAACAACGUGCAAAGAAAGCAUUACAACAAUAUUACUUUGACACUGUUUUUUUCGCACACAAGAUGCGAGCAUUACGCGCUUUUUCACGUGCCAUACAUCAUCCAAGCUUACGUGGAAAACUUCAGAAAGGAAUGUCAUUCAUGAAUUAG